AUGCAACGCUCGAGCAGUCAGUCGACGACUUCAAGUUCAUCAGGCUCAAGUAAACCGGCCGACUAUGUUACUUUUGAACGUAGUGCUGCUGGUUUCUCGGACGAUGCUGUCCACCGUGCAAAAGCCGCGCAGCUCAAGCUAGAGCAUUUCUACAAGGUUGCUGUAGAGGCGGCUAUCGAGCGGAACACCAGGCGCGUUGAGCUUGAAAGGAAGCUGCAGGCCGAUAUCAUGACGUCCGAGGACAGAAAACAUCGCCAACUACAACAACUAGGAAAGAAGGAGUCUACUUAUCUUCGACUUCGGCGGACGCGGUUAGGUUUGGAUGACUUCAGAACAGUCAAGGUGAUCGGGAAGGGUGCUUUCGGUGAGGUCAGGCUGGUCCAAAAGACUGAUACUGGUAAAAUUUAUGCUAUGAAGACAUUGAAGAAGGAGGAGAUGCUGAAAAAGGACCAAUUGGCCCACGUCCGUGCUGAGCGCGAUGUUCUGGCCGAGUCCAAUUCCCAUUGGGUGGUUCAACUGUUUUAUUCCUUCCAGGACCCACAGACUCUGUAUCUUAUCAUGGAGUUUCUCCCUGGUGGGGACCUCAUGACCAUGCUCAUUAAAUAUGAUACAUUCUCGGAGGACGUUACUCGGUUCUACAUAGCAGAAUGUGUACUUGCCAUCGAUACUGUCCAUAAGCUUGGCUUCAUCCACAGGGAUAUCAAGCCAGACAACAUCCUAAUUGACAAGGAUGGCCAUAUAAAACUGUCCGAUUUCGGACUGUCGACUGGGUUUCACAAGCAGCAUGAUUCAAGUUAUUACCAGCGGCUUUUGGACUCUUCCAACGGCGUGCAAUCGCCGGCCGCCGCCGCUCGUAACAGUGUCAUGGUCAAUGCCAUACACUUGACUAUGUCAAGCAAAGAUCAAAUCGCUACGUGGAAAGCCAACCGCCGGAAACUGGCAUAUUCGACUGUUGGAACCCCUGAUUACAUUGCCCCUGAAAUCUUUCAACAGAAGGGUUAUGGCAAUGAGUGUGACUGGUGGUCGUUAGGUGCGAUUAUGUUCGAAUGCCUCGUCGGAUACCCUCCAUUCUGCUCUGAGUCUACGCACGAAACCUAUCAAAAGAUCAUGCAAUGGCAAUAUCACCUAGUGGUCCCGGAUGAUGUCCAUCUAAGUCGAGAGGCUGAAGACUUGAUCCGGCGACUCAUCACGUCUCAAGAUCGGCGAUUGAAUAUCGAACAGAUCAAGAAUCACCCGUUCUUCUAUGGUGUGGAGUGGGACACGAUACGCUUGAUUGAUGCACCUUUUGUGCCACAUCUUCGCUCAAUCACGGAUACGUCGUACUUCCCCACGGACGAGAUUGACCAGGCACCGGCUGAAGGCCCUGUAGCGGACCCUGCCGAUGCUCAAAAAGACCUUGCGUUCCUUGGAUAUACUUUCAAGCGAUUCACGAUUUCAUCGCACGCUUAG